GUGGCCGGAGCUGCGGAGGGGCCUGCGAGCCGUGGCGGAGCGGCGGAGCGCCUGGCUCGGCAGGGCCGGCUGACGGAGUCCGCGCGCUUGCGCUUGGGGCGGCUCUCUCCGGAGGUGGCCGCCGCGCUGCUCACCGGGGGCGAACAUCGCGCCGGGGUCUCCAGCAUGACGGAGCUGAGGCAGAGGGUGGCCCGCGAGCCGGACGCGGCGCCGGAGGACAAGGAGUCGGAGUCUGAAGCGAAAGUCGAUGGAGAGACCGCGUCAGACAGCGAGAGUCGAGCCGAGCUGGCUCCCCCGCCAGUGCCGGCAGAUGACACUCCAGAGGUCCUCAAUAGGGCCCUUUCCAACCUGUCCUCCAGAUGGAAGAACUGGUGGGUGAGAGGCAUCCUGACCCUGGCCAUGAUUGCAUUCUUCUUCAUCAUCAUCUACCUGGGACCAAUGGUUUUAAUGAUGAUUGUCAUGUGUGUUCAGAUUAAGUGUUUCCAUGAGAUAAUCACUAUUGGCUACAAUGUCUACCACUCCUAUGACCUGCCCUGGUUCAGAACCCUCAGCUGGUACUUCCUGCUGUGCGUCAACUACUUCUUCUACGGCGAGACUGUCACGGAUUACUUCUUCACGCUGGUCCAGAGAGAGGAGCCUUUGCGGAUCCUCAGCAAAUACCAUCGCUUCAUUUCCUUCACUCUCUACCUGACAGGUUUCUGCAUGUUCGUGCUGAGCCUGGUCAAGAAGCAUUACCGGCUGCAGUUCUACAUGUUUGGCUGGACGCAUGUGACUUUGCUGAUUGUUGUGACUCAGUCACAUCUCGUUAUCCACAACCUGUUUGAGGGAAUGAUCUGGUUCAUUGUCCCCAUUUCUUGUGUGAUCUGUAAUGACAUCAUGGCCUACAUGUUUGGCUUUUUCUUCGGCCGGACGCCCCUCAUCAAGCUGUCCCCAAAGAAGACUUGGGAAGGCUUCAUCGGGGGCUUCUUCGCUACUGUGGUGUUUGGCCUUCUGCUCUCCUACAUCAUGUCCGGGUACCGGUGCUUCGUCUGUCCCGUGGAGUACAACAAUGACACCAACAGCUUCACGGUGGACUGUGAACCCUCGGACCUGUUUCGGCUGCAGGAGUACAACAUUCCUGGGGUGGUCCAGUCUGUCAUUGGCUGGAAAACCGUCCGGAUGUACCCCUUCCAGAUCCACAGCAUGGCCCUGUCCACCUUCGCCUCGCUCAUCGGCCCCUUUGGAGGGUUCUUUGCAAGUGGAUUCAAGCGGGCCUUCAAGAUCAAGGACUUCGCCAAUACCAUUCCAGGCCAUGGAGGCAUCAUGGAUCGCUUUGACUGCCAGUAUCUGAUGGCCACCUUUGUCAACGUAUACAUUGCCAGCUUCAUCAGGGGCCCUAACCCCAGCAAACUGAUCCAGCAGUUCCUGACCUUGCGGCCGGAUCAACAGCUCCACAUUUUCAACACACUGAAGUCCCACCUGACUGACAAGGGGCUUCUGACAGCUGCCAUGGAGGAUGAGUAGGGGCCGCCAUGGCGGGGCGCAGGAGCCGGACUGAGCGAGGGGCAGGGCUCCAGGGCAAGGCCAGCUGGCGGGACUUAAGCGCUGACAAAGCUUCAGUUCACUGUCUUGUCUCUCUCUCUUCCCCCUGUAGGGUGUUUUUUAUUUUUAAUUUGUGGGUUUAAGAAUCUGUACAUAUAGUUUGUCUGGAUUUGGGUUGUGUAAGCUGGGAAGAAGUCACAGGACGAAAACCAUCUGGAUUUAAAACAAAAAUGAAAAGCGCCAACCAGGUACUUGCCACCCAGGAAGACAGUGUUACGUGGCUCAGGGUGUUUGCUUGUGGUCCCCUCAACGGAGCUGUCUCCAGGCUGAGGCAGUCUGGGCGUCCGUCCAUGUCCUGGAGCUCAGCAUGCUCGUCGUGGUAUCCUUGUGGUCCCUGAGCCUCCCUGGCAGUCCCUGGGCCCUGGGAGCGAGGGGAAGGUGGCCUUCCACGGCCGGCGGGCCAGAGGCCUGCUCGUCAGACAAGCCUUCUGUCCACCCUGACGCCGUGCAGGGUCAAGGUCAGCCCGGCUGUAUGUGUAAAUAACAUGCUCACCUUCAUCACAGACGAAAAGGAGGUUUCAGUUUUUACUGUUUUCAGAAAGCACGAGAAAUUAUUUAUAGUUGUCUGGAGCAAGUCCACACUAUAGUAGUUCAAGUGCGUGCAGUCAAACGUGCUGUCCUGAGCCCCGUCCUUGUGGCUGGGGCCCGGGGGCUCCUGUAGGACGGCCCGGCUCACUGUCCAGUCCUGGCUGGCGCUGUCCACAUAGUGCUGUAGACUCGCCACUGCUGAAUCCCUCCUGGGGCUUCCUGUGGGGCAGGGGAUGGCAGCCUGCCGUCCGUGUGCCCUCUGCCAGGACAUGCUCACAGCUGCUGUGUUGUGUGUGGGUGGGCUUCUCCGAGCCAGAGCGUGUCUGUGUGUGUGCGUGUGUCUGUGUGUGUAUGUUCAGUCUCUUGUUUGUGCCAGUGAUCUCGGUUGUGCCGCGCGCUCGUCACUGCAACCACCAAGUCCUGCUUCAAACCGGGGGGCCACACCCGGCCCUUCGGCGGAUGAAAUGCCGACUUAGACAAUGUGACGCUCUAGAAGCAGUUGGUGUUUGACUGGGGGGACCCUUCGUCAUUGUUUGUUGAAGCUGUGAUUUAUUUCCCCCCUCCCUGACAACAGGGGUGAUAUUGACUCUGAGAAGACAGAUACAGCCAGGCCAGCAGGCAGUGGCGUGCAGGAGGAGCGGGAACUUAGUGGCCAAAUGUGUUAAAGACUUGAUGCCCGGGGCUGAUGGCAUGGCCUUGCCUCAGUGCCCGGGGCUCAUGCAUGGCGAAAUCACAUUGUUAAGCUCCCCUCCCUGGGAGUGUGUGGCCAGUCCCCGCCGCUCAGCCAUCCAGUGGAGACCCAGCUCUUGCAGAUUUCCAGCUUCCACAUCUGCCCUCCUCACGUGUGCAGUUAAGCAGCUUCCCCCCCCCCCACCCAAGCUUUGAUUACAUUUCAGCCUUGCACUCUUCUGCCAGUCUAGCUGAGCAAGCCCAUGUCAUGGGGGACCCUGGGGACCCUGAGGACGGGCUUCAGGCCCCUGCGAAGUGAGUCGGGAUUGCAGCUGCGGGUCUUUGUGGAGAGCUCAGGAGUGCCAGGGCAGUUUUCUGAGGAGGGGACUUAUAUCACCAAGAAGGGUGGCGUGUCAACCUGUCGUGUCCCGCUGUGCCAUCCCGUGGGUCGGGGCUGAGCUGGGGUGCAGCUGUAGGGCUGCUUUUGGAACCAGGGAGCCUGGUGGCAGCAGUGAGGCUCUGAUUGUUCCUGGGGGAUCCUGGGAGGCAGGGCUGGGUGCUCACCGUACCAGAGUGGAGGCAGGAGAGCAGGGCCAGGGUUUGUUUUCUGUCCCCAAGGCCUGCUGGGGAAGAGGGCUUCCCCCAAGUGCUGGAAGGCAGCGCCACCUUGUGUCAGUUCAGCAUAAUGCCCCUUUCCCCUAUUUGACCAAUCACAGCCUUGGGGAUCCUAAUGAAUGGCAUACCUUGCUUUCGAAGACUCAUGGGGGCGGGGUGGGUCAGAAAUAAAAUGUGAACGAAAUGCUGUAUUUUCCCUUUCCUUGGAGUCAGUAUCUAAGCCCUUGCAUGGUUUUAUGUUUGCCACAUGUUCAUGCACUGCACCCCAUGUUCUCCAGCUCGUGUCCCAGUCUUCUCACUGCAGCCGUCUGAGCUUGGUUCUUCAGGUGCCCAUCCGAGCUCCUUAGCAGACAGAGAGCUUCCCGCUGGAGCUGGAACUCAUUGAGCGUCUUGUGUUGCACCUGCAGGACGUGGACCAGAAGGGCCCUACUCCUCUUGCUUCUGGGGACACAGUGCCCAUGUGCAGAACUGCUGUGCUUUCCUCCCUCGAGCUCAGGUGGCAGCAGUUGCUGUUAGCACACAGGUGGUUAAGAUCCGGAGCUGAGGCAUGGAGACCCUGAGACAGGGCUCACAGUGGAAGCGGAAGCACAGCCUGGCACCGCUGCUGCGAGCGCUUGCCCCUGGUCCCGGUGUGGCCGCCCUGCUGCAUGCUCUCACCCCUGGUCCUGGCGUGGCUGCCCUGCUAGAAGCUCUCACCCCUGGUCCUGGUGUGACCCACACUGCUGCGAGCUCUCGCCCCUGGUCUGGGUGUGACCCACACUGCUGCGAGCUCUCACCCCUAGUCUCGGGCACCUGGGCUCUCUGUGUGUGUCCAUGCCGCCCACUGCCAGCGCCCAAAAAGUGUACAUCUGUGGUUUACUCUGAAGCUGAACCCCUCUGAGGCAGUCCAGGCCGUACUCAUGUUUAUUGUUUUAUUUAUUUAUUUUUCCUGUUUCCUGUCCCUGAGUACUCCAGUGCUGCGUGUAGAAGGUGUUCCCUCCUGGUGUGUGAUCUGUGUGGACUGGUCUCUUCAGAGGGAUGAAAGACAGUGGUUGGCCUUCUACGGGUGGAGUUUGAAAGUAUUUUUAUGGUAUUUCCCCCCCCUUGACCCUGGUCUUUUCUCCCGCAACUACCUUAUUUGAGAAAACCCAAGCAUGUAUUUUAAAGGGAGACUGCGCAGACUUGCUGAGUCGGCUGGAGCCUGAGCCAGGGGGGGUCCCUGGGUUCAGAUCCUCACUCUGUCACUGAGCCCCUGGUAGCUCAGGCCUUCCCCACUGUGCACAGUGGAGGAGGGGGCAGGUGAGUGACUCAAGGCAGAGCGCCCUUGUCUGGAACACUGCAGGUUGAUGGGGUAGGUCGCCGCUGAAGCCCCUUCCUAUUUAGUAAUGACUUAGGCUGCUGCUGUUUCUCUGUCAAAGGGAGGCACAGGAGGGUCUGGCUCCUUCGCACACCGAGAGGAGGGCGCAGAGGUGCCGAGGGGAGAGGGCCGACUCCUGACCCGUGCAAGGUGUGCAGGUUGUUGUAGCAGGGAGCCCUGGGCAGACCCAGCUCCCGUGCUUGUCUGGGACACGGGCUCUCACGGAGGAGCCGGAGCAGGCACGUCCACUCCGGAGAUGCAGCUGGCGGCUGGGCAAAGCCUCCUGUCGUCCUUAUCUCGGUCAGACUGCACUUCCUGGUCCCUCUAUCCACUUCUGCAGAGUUGCCCUGCUUCCAGAGCUGUGAGAUUCACAGCCCCUAUGUCCUGACUUGGUUUCCCUUGUGGGGUGGGUGCCUUGUGUAUGACCUGCACAGGGCGCUGGAGUGUGGUAGUGAAGGGGACCCCGAGGGGCUCAUCUCCCAGUCCUGCAUGCCACUCAUGUGCCCAGGAGGGUGAGUCUCUGCUGCGUGACAGCCCUGUCAGGUUGACCAGAUGAUUGUGUUCACUGGCUGCUCUGCAGGAUAAAGGUGGGGCUUUGGGGCGGCCUCUCAGCUGCGUAGCAGGCCGGGGGGUGUGUGCUGCAGAUGGAUGCCCACGUGUCCUCAGAGCUCAGGAGAAUGGCAGGCAGAGGGGGUGAGCUCCAGCGGCUUCCAGAGCUGUUGGCUGUGUGGAGACCCCAUGCCUUCCCUUCUUCUCUUGCAGAUGCUUCUACUGAGGUUCUUUGUCUUGAUUCUUGAGCCAGUGAGAUGCCAGCAGGUGUCUGUCAGUCGCGAUGGUCAUCACACAGUGCUUACUGUGUGCCAGGCACACCGCUAAGGGUUUACAGACAUGAUCUCUUUUCGUCCAGAAAGCCGUCUUUGAUUGGGUACCAUUCUCAUGCUCUAUUGAUUAAUGAGGAAACUGUGGCUGAGAGUGAUGACCAAGGUGGCAGGCAUGGGCUCACAUGGCCUUAGGUCUGGGCUGGCCCUGGGCUGCCCUCACCCUGCCUGCACUACUGACGCGGUUGGGGUUGGGGAUGGCACCUUCUUCCUGUGCUGCGUGUGGGGUCAAUGGAGGGAGCGCGUGUGUGCUUUCAGCGUGCCGCCUGGCACAUCAUAAGCACUCAGUGAAUGGGAGUGAUGUGUUGCGCUCAGCUGGCCCUUGAACACACACCGUGCUAAUGCCAGGGACGGGGUUCUUGGCCACCACCAUGCUGCCGCUGCCCUGCACCCCUGCUUUUCCCAGGGAAACGGAGCGAGAGAAGCAGCCCACCUUACUGCUACCAUGGCAUCUCAGUGCUUCACACAGCCCUGGGAGGCCGACCCUGGCCCUGCCUGGAGGUCUUCUCGAGAGGGAGGCUGAGGCCGGAGUGCAGCAGGGCUCUCCCAGGUACUGGGCACUGUUCAGCCAGGACGGCCAGCUGGUGCUGUUGUCCCAGGUACCAUCCACUUAAUCCAUGUGGCGGAGUCUGUGCUGGGGUGCUGGGGUGCCGCUUUCUGUUCCCCGGUGGGUUCUUGCACUGUUCUUGCUGGCUUUUCUCAAAGGGGCACCAGUUUGGGAAAGGGGUUAAGGAUGUUAGUGAAUGGACAGGAUGUGCAUAGCUGGUUUUGUGUCGUUCCUGCACUGCCCCGUUGAGCUGCUCCAUACGCAGACGGCAGCCUGUAGGAAACCCAGUGCUCUGAUGUCUCACGGGCUGGGUGGCCAGGGGCUGAGCAUGAAGCAGAUGGCAGAGCUGGCACCAGGAGCCAAUGAAACAGACAGCCUAGGAGGCAGAAGAGCGAGCCGGGACCUGGGAGGCCACUGGCAGUGCAACGGAGUCAGCGAAGGCUAAGGAGGGGAGUUGGCUGGGGUCUGGUGUCACAGGCCAGCCCUGGGCUGUCCCAGAGGCCCACGAUUAUCUGUGCUUUUAUCUUACUGAUUGAUGUCCAGCACCCCUCCCACCUGGAGGGGAAGGGCAGCCAGCCCCUGCCCACCUCUCCUGCCCCUGCCGGUGCCAUCUUCAGAUUUCUCCCCACUCAGGAUUUAUUUUCUCAGAAAGGUCGCCCAAACCUAGCAGUGGUUCCCCACCUCUUCGGGGAGUGAUCUGUGCUGGGAGUGCCAGGCAGUCCUGCAUGGGUGACCCAUCACUGCCAGUGUCUGCACCUACCAGGGGUCUGCCCAGGACAGUUGCUCGGCCCCCUCCGCGGCCCGCUUGGAGGACACACGGAGACUGGGUGAUGGUGUCUGUUUCCUGCCCUCAGAGUGUCUCAGGGCUGGGGUCUGUGGGACAGUCCCGGUGGCCUCCUACGGGGGGUGUGCACCUGUGCGCUGCUGUGCCAUCCACCUGCCCGGCUGGUGUCGUCCCAAAGCAGCACCUGUCCCAGCUGGUCCUUCUGUGUGCACUUCUGUCAGUGUAGAUUCUUAGCACAAUGUAAGAAUACGACCUACUGUACAUGGGAAGUAUCUACCUUAUUUAUAUACCCUAGUGUUCCUACUACACAAAUAAACACAUUACGUUCUAGAUUA